AAAGCAGUAACAUCAAUGAACUGCGAACCGCGGAGGGCGCGCAGGCAGAUCAAAGUGCUCCGAGCCCUCGACCAGGCCAAGACGCAGUGGUACCACUUCACAGCAGUCGUGAUCGCCGGCAUGGGCUUCUUCACGGACGCCUACGACCUCUUCUGCAUCUCCCUCGUCACCGACCUCCUAGGCCACAUUUACUACCCCAGUACGGUCUGUGAUGACAAGCCUGGCUCCCUCCCUUGUAGCGUGGCCCUUGCCGUCAAAGGCAUUGCGCUUUGUGGCACCAUGUUCGGGCAGCUCGUCUUCGGCAGGCUUGGUGACAACAUGGGACGGAAGCGCAUAUAUGGCGUGACCCUCAUGGUCAUGGUUGUCUGCUCAAUCGCCUCCGGCCUCUCCUUCCACCACACCCCUAGGACGGUCAUAACAACGUUGUGCUUCUUCCGGUUCUGGCUGGGUUUCGGCAUCGGUGGCGACUACCCACUAUCAGCGGCCAUCAUGUCGGAGUACGCCAACAAGAAGACCCGUGGUGCUUUCAUGGCCGCUGUCUUCGCCAUGCAGGGUUUGGGAAAUCUCGCUGCUGGUAUUGUUGUAUUGGUCGUCUCAGCGAGCUUCAUGAAGACACCAGCCUACAAGACUGACAUGCUGGGCCAGGCUGACUACGUCUGGCGUAUCGUUCUAAUGUUUGGCGCUAUUCCAGCUCUGCUCACGUUCUACUGGCGCAUGAGAAUGCCUGAGACAGCACGCUACACCGCUCUCGUUGCCAUGAACCUAAAGCAAGCUGUAUCGGAUAUGAACAUGGUACUUGACAUCGAUGUCAGUGACCUCACGGAGGAAGAAGAUGCAAACAUCCUCGCCAAACAAGAUAAUUUCGGUCUUUUCUCAUCCAUGUUCAUAUGUCGGCAUGGAUGGCACCUCCUAAGUACCACAGUGUGCUGGUUCAUGCUUGAUGUGGUUUUCUACUCAUUGAACCUUUUCAUGAUUGAUAUCUUCACCAACCAGUCCGGUGACGCAAGCAACGAAGGCAUACUCGAGCAGACAAACAAAAUGGCCAAGACACAAGCGAUCAUUGCAGUCGGUUGCACGCUUCCAGGUUACUUCUUCACCGUCAUAUUCGUCGACAGGAUAGGCCGAAUUAGAAUACAGUUGAUGGGGUUCGCCAUGAUGACCAUCUUUCUACUAGGCUUAGCAGCCACGAACGACAUAUGGAAGAAGUCAGGAAGUUUGCCCAUCGGAUUCACUGUCAUGUACGGACUCGUCUUCUUCUUUGCAAAUUUUGGUCCUAACUCAACCACCUUCAUUGUGCCGACUGAGAUCUUCCCGACACGACUGCGGUCGACGUGCCAUGGCAUCUCCGGUGCAGGAGGGAAGGCUGGAGCAAUCGUUGGAGUACUUUUGUUCAUAUAUGCUGGGAAUAGCCUCCAACGGAAACUGCUGAUGCUUGCUGCUUGCAAUCUUGUUGGCAUUAUAUUCUCUCUUUUUUUGCCCGAGUCAAAAAGGAUGUCUCUCGAGGACAUCGCUGGAGACAUACAGGAAGAUGUGGAAUGUGAGUCUGAGCAGCGGUGCGGACAAAUGAAUUGAGUUGAUUUUCC